CUUUAACGUAGAUGGCACUGACAAACGUAAAUAUUAGCAACACUGUCUCUUAAUAAGUUACAGGUUACCAAUAGUAGGCCUACUACGCCUAGUGGCUGUAUACGUCGACAUUAAUGCUGUUUUGCGUGCAUUAGAUUGUACAAAAGUUCUAACUGGUGCAGCAAGUAUGACAAGUACCUGCCUAUAUGCCUGUAGCGUUUUUAGUGAAGGUUUCCCAGCACCUACCUAUACGUGUAAUAUUUAAAUAGCAGCGUUGAUCAAGUUUUUAUUAUAUUUUUCGCUUCGCUGUGACAAGGUAAAGUGGGUCAGAAAGUGGUUAAGCAUCAUGUGUGGAAUUUUCGCUUACUUGAAUUAUUUGGAGCCACGCACAAGACGAGAAAUCUUAGAAUACCUCAUCAAAGGCCUUCAGAGAUUAGAAUAUCGUGGGUACGACUCAGCUGGUGUUGCUAUUGAUGAUGGAGAAAAAACAUCCAUUAUCCGUCAAAGUGGAAAAGUCAAAAUGCUGGAGGAUAAAAUUUGGAAUCUUGAGAAUUUUGAUUUCGACAAAUCUUUUGACAUACACGUGGGAAUUGCCCACACUCGCUGGGCUACACAUGGUGCUCCAAGUGAUUUGAACAGUCACCCUCAGCGAUCAGAUGAAUCAAAUGAAUUUGCUGUUGUUCAUAAUGGUAUAAUAACCAAUUAUAGUGACAUCAAACAGUUCCUGCUGAAAAAGGGGUAUAAAUUUGAAUCAGAAACAGAUACUGAAGUCAUAGCAAAGCUGAUAAAACAUAUUCAUGAUAAUCACCCAAGUUUGUCAUUUAGGGAACUUGUUGAACAAGCUAUUCAACAAUUGGAGGGUGCCUUUGCAUUGGUUUUGAAGAGCACUAAAUAUCCAGGUCAAUGUGUUGCCACAAGGCGAGGAAGCCCUCUAUUGGUGGGAAUUAAAAGUAAAAAUAAUCUGGCAACAGACUACAUUCCUGUUCUCUUUAGCAAGGACUCAGAAAACAAAAUGAAACCAGAAGGUGAUCCCAAAGAUAGAGAAGAUCAUCGUCCAUGUCUGACAUCAACUAUUCCAACUACCACUGCUGGCAUGAAGCGUUCAGAGUCUACAACUGAGUUUUGUCCACUAGGUGAAGAUAAGGAAGUAGAAUAUUUCUUUGCAUCUGAUGCCAGUGCUGUAAUCGAGCAUACAAACCGUGUGAUAUUCUUAGAAGAUGAUGAUGUGGCUGCAAUUUCUGAUGGAAAUUUGACCAUCCAUAGGCUGAAACGUACACUUGAUGAUACAACUGGCAGGGAGAUUAUUACUUUGAAAAUGGAAAUUCAGCAGAUUAUGAAAGGCAACUAUAGCUCCUUCAUGCAAAAAGAAAUUUUUGAACAGCCAGAGUCAGUGAUCAACACCAUGAGAGGAAGAGUUAAUUUUGAUAGAGAGACACUUGUUUUGGGUGGCAUCAAGGAUUACAUUCCUGAGAUAAAACGUUGCCGGCGGCUUUUGCUAAUUGGAUGUGGAACCAGUUAUCACAGUGCCAUUGCUACACGUCAAAUUUUAGAAGAACUCACUGAAUUACCAGUUAUGGUUGAACUAGCCAGUGACUUUUUGGAUCGUAACACUCCAAUCUUUCGAGAUGAUGUAUGUUUCUUCAUUUCUCAAUCAGGAGAAACUGCAGAUACUCUAAUGGCUUUGAGGUACUGCAAGAUGCGAGGAGCUCUGAUUGUUGGUGUGACUAAUACUGUUGGCAGCAGUAUUUGUCGAGAAAGUCAUUGUGGUGUGCAUAUCAAUGCUGGUCCUGAGAUUGGUGUGGCUAGUACUAAGGCUUAUACCAGUCAGUUUAUUUCCCUGGUAAUGUUUGCUCUUGUGAUGUGUGAAGACAAAAUCUCUAUGCAACCCCGAAGAAGUGAAAUUAUCCAAGGUUUAAAGGCUCUUCCUGAACAAAUUAAAGAGGUGUUGAAGCUUGAUGAGAAAGUGUAUGAACUUGCUGGCGAUAUGUAUCAGCAAAAGUCACUCUUGGUUAUGGGAAGAGGAUACAACACAGCCACUUGCAUGGAAGGAGCUUUAAAAAUCAAAGAGCUGACUUACCUUCAUUCAGAAGGAAUUUUGUCAGGAGAAUUAAAACAUGGUCCCCUAGCUUUGGUUGAUAAAGCUAUGCCAGUCAUUAUGGUUGUUACUCGGGAUCCUGUCUAUCCAAAGUGUAUGAAUGCUCUUCAGCAGGUGACUGCAAGAGAUGGUCAGCCAAUCAUUAUAUGUGAGAAGGGAGAUAGAGAGACCCAGAAGCAUGCUUUCCAUACUCUUGAGGUGCCACACACUGUUGAUUGUCUUCAGGGUAUCUUAACUGUCAUUCCAUUGCAACUCAUGUCUUAUCACAUUGCUGUACUCAGAGGAUGCAAUGUUGACUGUCCCAGAAACUUGGCCAAAUCUGUGACUGUGGAAUAACGUGGGUUAACAAUACAAAACCAUGCUUGUAUGCUUGUACCCUUGAUUAAAAAAUAUAAGCUAUAUGAAUGAAAAGAAAUAUCACCACCUUUUUCUACAUUUGUUGAGAAGUUGAGAAGCAUUCUAAAAAAAUAAAGGAAUUCUAAAUCAUAAUAUUUUAAUGAAGUAGUUUAUGAACCAAGCAUUUACUCAACAAAUGUAGAAGACCAUUUUUAAAAAUACUUUACUAAAAUGUCAUAUUAAAGUUUUAUUUUUCUAAAUAUUUAUGCUUUACAUAAUAAUGUAUCGAAACUCAAAUUUGGUAAACUACAGAUUUUUUAUUACUUAAAUUUUAAUGAUUUUUAGAUACUUUUUUUUUGCUUUUCUUAAUCCAUGGGAUUUGUUCAUAUAAAAUGGUAUUUGUUUUCUUGGUUUGAAGUGGGCCUUUUUUUACCAUAUAAAUCUUUAGUAACAGUGGUUGUGAAUACAUAAACAUAUAUAAAUAUUCAUGCUAAAACUUUUGUAUUAAUAAUCCAGGUACAAUUCGUUAGUGAAAAAUAAGACAACUGUAAUGAUAUUAAUACUGAAUAAAUAAAAAGAAACCAUGAUGAAAUGUU